GCCCCUCCCUCAGCGGGGGCAUAUCUCUUCUGUGUGUACCGUCCCUUGGCCCUGCUCAGAGCUCUCUCAGUUAGAUGGGACCAAAGCCUCGGCGGCCUCAGACUCACACACACACUCCCACAUCCAGGGAGGGAGAGACGAGAAGAAAAAGAAGGAGGAAGGAAGACAAACACACAGAGCAGAAGGCUGUUGAGUGGCUGACACAACCUCAAAGCCAGUGCAUGUGUUAGUUUUGUUUUUUGUUUUUUUUUCUUAUUUCCCUCCUCCUUCUAUUAUCUAAAGCUGUUGAUGAGGACGUCUCCAUCUCAUCUCAGCCUGGGGUCCAGAGGUGACCGAGGGAGUGGAAGAAGAGCACGUUGUCAUUUUGUUUUGCAACUGUUGAACACUGGAACUGUACUGUAAGCAUUAUGACUCUUCUGGGCUCUGAACACUCCAUACUGAUACGAAGCAAGUUUAGAUCAGUCCUACAGUUAAGACUUCAGCAGAGGAGGACACGAGAGCAGCUGGCAGACCAAGGCAUCAUGCCUCACCCCUCCUCAGACGGCCCCUCUCUGGAGGCCCAGAUGAGGCUAAAGCGAGCGCGUCUCGCCGAAGACCUGAAUGAGAAGCUGGCUCUCAGGCCGGGGCCCCUGGAGCUGGUCCAAAAGAAUAUCAUUCCCCUAGACUCUGCCGUCACCAUGACAGUAAACCAUGGUAAAUUCCCAAAGCAGGAGGACUCGUACGCAUUCGAGGAGGACAGCAGCAGUGACAGUCUGUCUCCAGAGCAGCAUCACAGUGACGAGUCCCAGGGUUCGGCCUGUCCUUCAUCAGAGGCCGUGGGUAGUACGCCCUCCUCCUCCUCAUCUCCUGCCCUCACCAGCCCCCGACAGGUGGGUGCAGUCAGAGACCCCCCUGAUCAAACCCAGGAUGAAGGCUUGUCUGGUACCAACAGCUGCCAGACCACACCCCCAAUACCUGUUCCUGCUAUUGUCAAGUCAAAGACUUCAGACAAGAACCGGCACAAGAAGCCCAAAGAUGUGAAGCCUAAGGUGAAGAAGCUCAAGUACCACCAGUACAUUCCUCCAGAUCAGAAGGCUGAGAAGUCUCCUCCGCCCAUGGACUCGGCCUACGCCCGCCUCCUCCAGCAGCAGCAGCUCUUCCUGCAGCUCCAGAUCCUCAGCCAGCAGAAACAUGCGCACACACACCCACAGACGCAGCAGAACCAGCAGCACACACACACUCCGCAGGCCCAGGCCCAGCAGAGGCAGCCGGCGUUCAGCUACCAACCCCAUCCAUCCACCCAGAGCCAGAAAGGAGGAGCUGGUGAGCAGCUGUCAGCCUGUAGCUCCAGCGGUCCAUCCAGCACAGUCAACAGUAACUCGUCCUCUCCAGUGAAGAACACAUAUCCAAACCAAAGCAACAUCUCAUCCGUCAAACCUGGGCCCCUGCCGGCCAAUCUGGAUGACCUGAAAGUAUCGGAGCUGAGGCAGCACCUUCGGAUCCGUGGGAUGCCAGUCUCCGGCACCAAGACCGCCCUCAUAGAGAGACUGCGGCCCUUCAAAGACUCCAACGCUGGGUCCUCACCAUCAGGCUCAUCUGACAUCACUACUGUGACCUUUCCCGUCACUCCCACCGGGUCCCUGUCCUCCUACCAGUCCCCGUCCUCCUCCAGCGCCCUGUCCCAGGGUGGAUACUACCCGUACCCCAGCACCUCCUCCAGCCCCCCCAUCUCUCCGGUCUCCUCGGACCUGUCCCUCAGCGGAUCGCUCCCCGACAGCUUCAGCGACGUGCCCAUGUCGUCGCCCACGCAGUUCAACCUGCAGCCGUCUCCGGCCCAGCUCAGCAUGGAGGACGGCCUGGGAGGGGGAGGUCAGAGGUCAGGGGAGGGGGGAGGCAUGGACGGCCUGGAGGCUGAGAAGGACAAGAUGCUGGUGGAGAAGCAGAAGGUGAUUGAGGAGCUGACGUGGAAACUGCACCAGGAACAAAGACAGGUUGAAGAGCUUAAGAUGCAGCUUCACAAAAGGAAACGCUGCUAUGGGGCCACACAGGACACCAUCCCCCCUCCAUCUCAGUCCCACCACCCAUCCAUGCACCAGCAUACUCCAGCCAUGAUGGGCCAGCACUUCUUUGGGGUGACCAUUAAACAGGAGCCCAUGUCCCUGUCCUCCAGCUGUCCUCUGUCCUCUCCAAAACAGCUGAAAAGUCCUCCUGGGAGCUGCAUGGAGGAUCUGGGACACUGCAACACUCAGCUGUCCAAUAUGGGGGCCCCUGGUGGGACGCAAUGUAUGGACGCAGCCCCUUCGUCUGGAAGCCCCUCCACUAUGUCGGCGUUCCUCAGUCCACAGUGUUCACCACAAGACUCCCCCAUCGGAAAGCCUUCCAGUAGCCCCCAGCCUUCAUCUCCUAAUAACCCCUACCUGCUGUCGCCUGGGCUGGGGAGGGACGGCUGUGGACACGCCCAUCAGCAGGGCAACGCCAGAGCACGCACCAUGCAGAUGCAGCAGAAGAGCGGUGGGCAGCUGGUCAACUGUUCUUACCCCUCUGACCAAAGAAGCCUUCAGGGAGUCUUCCCCAGCUCCGCCGACUGUGGCCUUAACCACACAGCUUCAGCCAAGAGCGAGAACCCCAACAUGACCCCCAAGAUGUCAGUAUUGUCCUCUCCUCGACAUGCUGGCCUAAAGUGCCAGGUCUCUACCCCGGCCUUCAGUAGCUCAGAUUCAGCUGCAUCUGACUUAAGACAGCCCCCAUGCUAUGAAGAUGCAGUCAAGCAGCAGCUGAGCAGAAGUCAGCAGAUGGACGAACUGUUGGACGUGCUGAUAGAGAGCGGAGAGAUGCCAGCUAACGCCAGAGAAGACAAGGAGAGGUCCUGUGUAACCAAAGUUGUCCCUCACAUUACUGUGUCCCCAGGGUGUCCCGGACUCCUCGUCCCGAGGUUCCACCGCCACUACGAGCACCCGUCCCCCACCCAGCUCCCCUACGACCACUCGGCCAAUCACAUCGCAGACGGCCACCUGGAAACUCUGCUAAGCAGUCCCGUCGGCCGAGGAGGGGAGGUGGCCUUUCUUAAAAUGGCCACCGAGGACGGCAACCAGGAAGACGAAGGGAACCGAGACGGCGAAGGGUACAGCAGCCCCCACGGCCACCAUCGCCACCCCCACCCCUCCCUACAGGACAAACUUCUGGCCAACAGGGAUCUGAUGGACGCCUCACUGUCGCCCGUCGGCGCCAAAGUGUCGGCCGUCCCCGAGGUGCAGGGGAUGGUCAGUAUGACCUUCAGCGAGACGCCAUGGGAGACGAUGGAGUGGCUGGACCUGACGCCGCCCAGCUCGGCCAUGGCGUUCAGCGUGGCUCCGCCCAGCGGCCCCAGCAUCUUUAACACCGAGUUCCUGGAUGUCACAGAUAUUAACUUGAACUCUGCCAUGGACCUUCACCUGGAGCACUGGUGAGAGCCACGGAACCAAAGCACCCGUAGAAAGACCAAACCAAAGAAGGAGCCGCUUCAAAUCCAGCUUCAGUCCAAGUGCCACAGUCCGCUUCUGUUUAUCGCACAGCGGGGUCGACCUUUGACCUCCAUCCAAAGACCACGUCACAUGUUGAUCUCCAGUUUAAAGUCUUCACUUCGCUGCAACGACGUUCUCAUGUCGUCAAACCCACGAUCCAACACAAGGUGCUUUUUUGACAUAGUCUUUGUCCUGUUGGACGAUGAUGCACACGAAGUACAAACACAUGAAGGACUUUGUUAAAGGAAACGCAUGAUUACAGAGCUUUAAACCACACUUUAUGCAAUAUCAGUGUUAAUACCACCUCGACUUGAAGACACAUUUUGACAAUCAUUGUAUACGUUUUGGAGUCUAUGUUUGUAUUACUGGAAAAAAAUGAAAGGAACUACAAGGUGAAUUGGAUUGCUUAGUACGGCCAAUAUGUAAAUAUCCUAAAUGCAACUGUACUGACAGAGACAAGUUGACGUCUGCAUAUUUUGUCAGCAGAGUGGGAGAAGAAACAAACCACAAAUCAAGUGUAUUGUGUAAUCAGUUCAUCUUUGAUGUAAAUAUGAAAAAAAAAUCUCACUUUGCACCUUUAGUUUCUUUCACAUUUGUCACAGUUUGCUUGAGCUUAGAAAAAUGUGUGUAGAAAUGGUUGUCAUUCCUUUGAAAAACUUUAUAUAUAUAUAGCUAUAUAUGUUUCUUUUCACUAUUUGGAAUAUUUAACCACAGAAUGACAUAAUGCAGAGAAGUUAACGUCUUCAAAAACCCUUUGGUCUUAUUGGCUUAGACUGGCAGAAACGUGCCUUAUUUUCAGCUUUUUGUACUUUUUAUACAAAUUUGCCCAUUUUUACAAUGUUUUAUUACCCAGAAAGACAAUGAGAUAUUAAUAGAGUUCCCACAUAAGUGCUUUAACAAAAAGAAUAGAUUAAUCUAUGUAAACUUCAUCUCUAUUUUGUGUUAACUACGUUUGUUUUAAGAAAAUUCACCUUUUCCAAUCACAUUUAUUUAUUUUUGUGUUUUCUGUUAAGCUUUUUAUUGUAUUUAUACUGACAUUCCUUUCUAAUAGAUUGGGGCUUUCUGUUUUUUUUGCCCAAAAACUCCAGCACUACCAUUGGAACACGGACAUUUUUCUACUAAAUCACUCUUUAAAAAAAAAAGAAGUGCUGCAAAGUGAAGGAACCACUUCAGAAAGCCAUGAUUUUCUUAAAUCAGUUUUCCUUAAAGUACGAUACGAAGCGAAUAUGUCAAUUUUUAGCACUUGUGAAUAGGAAAAUGUAAUAUAUUUGGAUCUUUACUGUGAAUAACUGCGUAUAUCAGACUUGUACCGGAGCCAGCUUUUAAUACCCCACUAAGUCUCAAACAUCUUAAAGGCUUCAGUUUUUGGUCAAUAGUCGUCUAUUUUCAACACGUGUAAAAAUGUGCCGUCCUCCUGUAAAGUCUCACAGUGUUGUUUGACCAAAUAUUCCUUUGUUUUUUUUUUCCUGGUACUUAUAAAGCGUUGCACUUGUUCAAUGGGUUCUGUGGUUAUGUAGUAACGCCAGUGGAUUUGAGUAUAUGGUAAAGCAGGUAUUGUUUCUUUUCUGUCUUCUACAGAAUACCUACAGGCCUUUUGUAUUCUGGUGGGGUUUGACAUAAUUAUCCCUAAUGAAAAAAAGUUAAAAAAAAAAACAAAAAAAAAAACAUACAUUAAAAAAAAAAAAAGACACCUGACAGAAGCUUCCAUGUUGCUUGGCCACUGACUUGCUUUAGUAUUGUAAAGAAAAAAAAAAAAACAGUAUUUGCUUGCAUCCCUGUAUACAAAAUGAAGAGCAAUAAACUUUUCACAGCAAAACUGUUUCUGUAGUUACUCUUUUAUUCAUGUUUGAUUCACAAGAAGCACACAAUACAGGUUUCAAUCUUUUCCAUGGGAACUUUAUUUGUAACCCUCGAUAAAGAUACAAUAUAAUAUUCAUUGCCCUUAAUAUUAUCUUAUAAUCUAAUAUGAACAUUCUAGUAAAUUGCAAUUUAUACAACAUGGUACCCUGGAGAUUCAUAUUCACCAGCGGUAAGUUAGCUUCCUGGAAACGUAUUCCGUGAGAGAAGAACAGAUCUGGAGACCGUUUGCAGCUCGUCCUGUCGUGUCAAAUGGCGAUAACCGGGCUUCCUCGGGGUUUUGAACCGUUUUACGUUUACGAAUAGAGUGCUGCAGGGACGAGACGUAUGCUUUUUUUUUUUUGUAAUAGAUUCCACUCCCAACUCUGCA